AGGGGGAAUACUAGAGGAGGUGUUCUGUUACUCUCAGACUCGGCUCCUAGUUACCUCAAAACUCGAACUAAACGAGGACUUGACUCAAAGGAAACAACGGGAUCGUUUCCCCGCUUCAGUUCAGUUUUCUGUUUCUCAAAGGUCCGGAAGAGAAGCGUCAUCUUCAGGCAGCGGGUGGGAGACUUGUAUGGAUGUUAUUUCGUGGAUUUUGGCUGCCUCGAACCGUGGCCCAGAAACCGCAACAGAGUGUAGAAAAGUCGAUUGUCACCUCGAGAACAUGGCUCUAACGUGGACAACGUGCGGCACACCAGGUGAAGCACGGUGGUGAGGAUGGUCGGAACGCAUCUAAUCGGGCCGCUGUCAUGGGGCAGGGUCAAACGGCGAGGUGUAAUGGGAACUGGAGUCCUUUUUCUACUCCUGCUAUCAACCUGUCUGGGCCAAGACACUGAAGAUUGGCAAUAUGAGGAAUGUAAACUAUCUCGGGCCGGUCCUCCAGCUACGAUUGUUGCCAUUGAUGAGGAGAGUCCCAAUGGAACGUUGUUGGUGGAGAACAUGCAGAUCAAUGGUGUGGCAGAGGGUCCUGGCCGAACUAUCUCUUUGUCUCUGAGGGAUAACCACGACUACUGGGUGAUUUUGGACCCUUCCAAACAGGCGCUUUACCUUAACAGCACUGGGAGACUUCUGGAUAGAGACCCACCGUCCUAUAUACAGUCCAUCGUGGUUCAGGUUCAGUGCACCAACGAGUUGAUCGGAACCGUGAUACUUCAUGAGGUUCGCAUUGUCGUUCGCGAUCGCAACGACAAUGCACCUCGUUUCCAGCAGCCGAGAUACUAUGUGGCAGUCAGUGAGCUGACACCAGUGGGAACCACCAUCUUCUCUGGAUUCUGGGGAAACAAUGGUGCCACUGACAUUGACGAUGGUCCAAAUGGACAAAUUGAAUACACCAUCCAGUUCAAUCCAAAAGACCCAACAGCAAACCGAACCUUCGACAUCCCUCUCACGCUAUUUGGAGCUGUUGUUCUCAGAGAAAGACUCAACUACGAGGAAAUAACGCGAUACCUGGUCAUCAUCCAAGCAAAUGAUCGGGCCCCGUACCCUCACGAACGUCGAACAGCAACGACCACUCUGACUGUUGAUGUACUGGAUGGUGACGAUUUGGGUCCAAUGUUCCUGCCCUGCACACUUGUGGGAAACACUCGUGACUGUAGUCCAAUCACCUACAAAGCCAGUGUGCUGGAGCUGACUGAGCCGAACAAGACAAAUCCUUUAAAUGUGACUCCAUCGAUCCAAGCUGUGGACCAAGACAGGAACAUACAGCCUCCCUCUGACCGACCUGGGAUUCUGUACUCUGUCCUGAUCGGCAAGCCGGAGUCCUACUCCGAAUAUUUCAGCCUUAACAGAACCACAGCGGAGCUCCUGCUUUUGAAGCCCAUCGACAGAGAGCUCCACCACAGAUUUGAUCUGGUUAUCAAGGCUGAGCAGGACAACGGUCACCCUUUGCCAGCUUUCGCAAAUCUCCAAAUUGAAGUUCUCGAUGAAAACAACCAGGCGCCAUACUUCCUGAGGCCCAGUUACCACGGCUACGUCAGCGAAGCUUCACCAGUGGGAACCACUGUAGCGACUGACGCCAGCCUCUCUGCCCCGCUGGAAAUCAUAGCGCUGGAUAAUGACGUGGAGGAGACCAGGGAUCCUCAGCUGGAGUUCUCACUGGACAGUUACUCCAAUGUGUUUGCCCUGUCUGCCAAUGGGAUCAGAAGAUACCUCACGCUGGUGCUCCCUCUUGACAGAGAGACGCAGGACUCCUACACAUUAACGCUGCAAGCGUCAGAUGGCGUCCAGCAGAGCGUGCCGGUGACUCUGACUGUAACAGUGCUGGAUGCCAACGAUAACACUCCAACGUUUGCAAACGUCUCUUAUCAUGUCAACUUGUAUACCGACAUGCUGCCGGGUGACACUGUCUUGCAGCUCUCCGCCGUUGACGCCGAUGAUGGUGCAAAUGGCCAGGUGACCUAUCGUAUCUUAGCUGGCGAUCAAGGGCAGUUUCACAUAGAAAACAGCACCGGGGUGAUAACUGUAGCGCCGGGCGUGGAUCUCUCUGUCGGGCGCCACUAUGCUUUGACAGUGGAAGCUGUUGACAACGGACCUGAAUCCACUCGCAGGUCGUCCAUUACCACUGUUUAUAUUGAGGUUUUGCCACCAAACAACCAAAGCCCUCCUCGCUUCCCACGGCUACAGUACAACCUGGAGAUCAGUGAGGCGAUGAGAACGGGAGCUACAGUGCUGAGCAUGCAGGCUUUGGAUCGGGAGCAAGACCCCAUCACCUAUCAAAUUCACAGUGGAGACGCCCAUGGACAUUUUCAGCUUCAGCCCAAGUCUGGUUAUUUGGUUCUGGACCAGCCUCUGGACAGAGAGUCUGUGGACUUUUACACUUUGGUGGUCACUGCAUCUGAUCAACAUCCAGAUGGGACCUCCACUGCAACAGUGAAAAUCGUGGUGACAGAUGUCAAUGACAACGACCCGAUGUUUGAUUCGUCGCUGCCAGUAAACUUCACUGUCACUGAGGAGCAAAACAACGCCUACGUUGGACAGGUCAAGGCUACAGACCCAGACCUUGGAGCAAGUGGCCAGGUUCACUACCGCCUUGUCAACCAUCAGAAGCUGUUCGCCAUUAACGCCACGGGGGCCAUCAGGACAUCAGUGCCACUUGACAGAGAGGUCAAAGCAAACUAUUUUCUAAUAGUUGAAGCGUGGGAUGGCGCCAUGGACCCACGACGGUCCAGGCUAACACUGUCCAUCACCGUUCUGGACGUGGACGACAACAGUCCUGUGUUUACGCAGCAAAGCUUCAACGUGAACCUGCCAGAGAACAGCCCCAAAGAUACAGUCAUACUGCAGCUAAGGGCAGUAGAUGCAGAUAUUGGCUCCAACCUCACGUAUCGAAUCAGACCUGAAGGCUCAGACCAGCAGAUUUUUCAGCUCUUUCACAUCGACCCCCAAACAGGAGAACUGUCGGUCCUAAAAGUUCUAGACUUUGAGGCACUGACAGAAGCCUCCUACACAUUCACCGUGGAGGCUGUGGACACCAAGGGAACGAUGCCUCCUGGAUUGGCAUCUGUUACUGUAAGAAUUAUGGACAUGAAUGACUUCUCUCCGGUAUUCAGCCAGCCAGUGUACCGUGGCAUGGUGGCCCCUAAUGCUGUUAAGGGAACCAUUGUAACCACGGUGACAGCAAAUGACUCGGACCCUGUGGGAUCGCCGGCAGCACUGGUGCGAUACAAAGUUGAUCAGGAGGCGGAUUCUUACUCUGCCAGUAUAUUCGAUGUGGAGGAGGAGACGGGAAACGUAGUCACCAGAGUGAACCUCAAUGAGGAGCCCAACCUCAAGUUCAAUCUGGUAGUGGUGGCGUACGACGACGGUGAGCCUAUGAAAGAGAACAGCAGUCUGGUGGAGAUCACAGUGCUUCAGCCCUCUGUCAUCCCUGUCUUCACUCAGGAGGAGUACAGGUUUGCACCAGUGAGCGAAGAGGCAGCGGUCGGGACUCACGUGGGAACUAUCAUGGCGGCAGCUGUCAAUCAAACCAUUGUGUACUCUGUCAUUGAAGGCAACGUGGGAGGCGUGUUUGCAUUAAAUGAAACAAGUGGAGAAAUUGUGACGGCCAAGCCUCUCGACUAUGAGAGCAACGCCACCUACAUACUGAGGGUUGAAGCUGAUUCCAUGAGUGUGGUGUCCUCCAACCUGCGAGCGCCUUCUAAGAGUAACACAGCCAGAGUGCUGAUCGAGAUACAGGAUGAAAACGAUCACCCGCCUGUUUUCACUCAAGCCCUUUACAUCGGAGGCGUCGCAGAAGAUGCAAAAACUUUCACCUCCGUCCUACAAGUCCAGGCCCUGGAUAAAGACACAGGCAACUACAGCUCCAUGAUGUACCGCUUGAUCAUUCCACCUCCUGCUGGUAAAAACACUAAGGACACCAAGGAUGGCUUUGUCAUCGAGCCAUACAGCGGCGUGGUCAAGACAGCAAUCAUGUACCGCAACAUGAGGCGAUCAUACUUUAGGUUCCAGGUGGUUGCCACCGACAACUUUGGUCUGGGACACAGCAGCAAGGCAGAGAUUGUGGUGUCAGUGGUGAACCAGCUCGACAUGCAGGUGGUGGUUACUAACAUUCCGCCGACGAAUGUGGAGAAAAAUAAGGAUAAAUUCCUCAGUAUUUUGGAACGAUACGUCCAGGAGCAGAUACCAGGCGCUAAAGUUGUUGUAGAAAGCAUCGGCCCACAUCGCCACGGUGAAGGGACGGAGCAGGAUGAUUAUACAAAGUCGGAUCUCAUGCUUUAUGCCAUCGAUCCUCUGACAAACAGAGCUGUGUCUCGACAAGAGCUCUACAAAUUCCUCGAUGGGAAACUGUUGGAUAUCAACAAGGAAUUUCAGCCCUUCCUCCCACCAGGAGGGCGGAUUCUGGAGAUCCGUACCCCUGAAGUGGUGACGAGUGUCAAGAAAGCCGUGCAGAGCGUAGGCUACACUGAGGGCGCGCUGCUGGCCCUCGCCGUCAUCAUCAUCAUCUGCUGUGUCCCUGCGAUCUUCAUCGUCAUCAUCACCUAUAGGCAAUUCAAAGAACGACAGGCGGAGUGUGCCAAAACUGCACGGAUACAGAUGGCUCUGCCAACAGGCAAAGGAGGAACUUCCAACAACCUGUACGAGGAACUGGGUGACAAUGCCAUUCGUUCAAACCACAGCGGUGCUGGAAGUGGCGGCAGUUUGGAUGAGAGCGAUCGCCAGCGUCUUAUCUCUGAUUUCGCCACCAGAGCCAUCGCCGCCCACCGGCAGUGUGUCGCUAAUGGAGGAGUGCUGAAUAAUUUGCCCAAGUCUGAGUCCAGCAUCACAUUCUUGUCUGAUGAAAACCCUCUGACAAUAAAGAACCCUAUUUAUCACGAGGACGGUACCCUAAGUAGCCCAGAGACUCUCGGGCGAUGCCAGAGAAGAAAAGACCUUCUUGGAAACUUCUCUCCAACUAGAAGAGGUCUUCGAGACGCCUGGCUGAGGCUGAGCAACUCCGGAGCUGACGUGGGAUUCGGAGGCUUCAGUGGGAGUGACAGCGGAUGGGGCUCUGGUGGCGGACACAGCUGGACUCUGCCGUCUCGGCUGCACCGCAGGGAGAUGUACGAUGCACUGAGAAGACAAGUGGUGAUGGAUCCUGUGCAGUGGGAGUUGGAACUACUGAAAGCGGAGUUCAAAGAAAGCAAAGACGCUGGCUUGGAUUCAGGAUUUGACCGGGGGUUAGAUUCCGAUCUGAUGAUGAGCCCAAGUCUUGAACCCAAACUGACCGUCAAAGAACAAGCAAGACAGUUUGAGCAACAGGCUCUUCAGGAAAUGAGCCAGCGACAAAACAGAGACUCGCGAGGCUCGCUGUCGCCCGAUAUAUUACUCUCCGUCUUUCCCGAUUCUCCUCAGCAUCAGCGGUUCAUUCACCCUUUUUCUCACGCCCCGGCUAGAGACGGCUCUCCGGCCAUCAUCGUGACCCAUACCGAUGGGGGCACCCCUCCACCAUGUCACAAGCCAACUCCUCCAGUGCUGCGGCGUUUCGCAAGUUUGACAGAAAAUCACAAUGUGGACGACCGGCUCCAGGUCCACGUGGACCUCAUUCCCGAUCCUCCUUCAACGCCUCCACCACCACCCCCUCCCUCAUCUCCACCCCCGCCACCACCACCUUCGUUUCCUCCCUCCAGCCCCCCUGCUCCGCCGCGUACUUCAGCACCUCCUCCCCCCAACUCCUCAGCCAAUAGUAAUUCUGAAAAAGGAUUACAGCCGACUCCUCCACCUCCACCACCUCCGCCACCCCUCCCUCCGCCAUUAUCACCCUCACUGUUACGGCCAUCCACUUUUGUGUUGCCAUCCAUCAAAGAAGCACCCACACUAAGGCCAGUCUCCCUGCGACCACAGCCGCCGCUCCCGCCCGUAGAACCUGAGCCUCCACGUAGGGAACUGAAAGGCAUCUUAAAAAACAUCCAUAACAUCGCAGACAUUGAAAAGUCUGUAGCCAACAUGUUCAGUCAGAUCGAUCAGAAACAGAUCCCACUCAAAAAAGUCAGGAAGAGUCGGGCAUCCAUGGACUCUCUCGAUUCACUGGACUCUGUGGAAGGUUUGGCUGCAGUCAACGGAUCAGAGGCGGCCGAUGGCGGAGGAGAAACCAAAGAUGGGGCAGGAGAAGGAGGAGUCGGAGAGAGCUCUCCAUCUCCGAACGUUGAACAAAGCCCAAACAUGAAUUCUAUUGUGGAAGAGCUUGAGAAGCGGUUCCCCUCUCAAUCUACAAUGCUUUAGCCUUGGCCUGUCUGAUGUGGCAAACACAGGGGGGUGUUUUGGCUUGCUCAUCUUUGCAGUGACGCACCCAAGUGGCUGAUUCUCAAUAUAGCUCACUGUUGUGAUUUGGUGAUUUUAAUAUUCCGGGGCUGUGCUCUCCCAACAUUGCCUACUCUUUUGUACAGAAGGCGACGGAAGAAAACCAGGCUUGAUAUAGACUUCCCAAGAGGAAAUGUCUUUCCUCAGUGACAGAUUACUACGUUCAGACUUCUUCAUUUUCACUUCUGUGGCGCAGUGAGCUUGCAUGCUAAAUGUUUGUGAGUCAGCCGCUGAUAUGAAAUGCUUUUAUUUCAAUGUCUUAGCAAUUAGUGAACUAAAAAAAAACACAAUAAUUGACUUGAUCCAAGCAUUAUCUUGCUGUGAGGUCCAACUUUGGUGUGGUAGCGCUGGUGGGUGCAAUAGUACCACUGUGAGAAAUCCAGCUUAAAAAGUAUUUAUCUUUAGUUUAAUUGUGUUGCUCUUCCCUAGACUGAUUUUCCAUAACACUUAGGAUAUUGGACUAACUCAAAUGCCUAGACACAGGAGACCUUGACUUGGAAACUCGAUUCAAAACUAACAUCGAAUUAGACAAAGCAUAAAUCAAAGGAAUGGUGUUUACAAAUAGACCAUGUGUCAAGCAGUGGCGGCUACAAAAUAUUCUAAAGGGGCCUGUGCCAGUUCCACAUUCAAGCAUGGCAAUCCAUAUAAUUUAAGAGAAAAAUCAAUAAUGGCAGUUCCCUUGAAAAUAAAUAGGUGCAGCGUAUGGCUUGAUGCAGGCGCUCUGGAGUGACCUCUAUUGAUCAGCCGCCACUGGGGUCAAGUAAUCGCUGUCUCACAGUGCUUUUGGGUCUCAUUCUGGUCGAACCCUUGAAGUGGUUGUUGUUGUUGUUGUUGUCGCGAGUGAAAAACCAGUUUCUGAAAUGAGGCUCCUGAAAUGCUCCAAAGGCAUUUUGAAUUAUGGUUGAUGAAGAUCAAUGUCAUGGUGAGUAUCUGACAGGCUGCAUGUGCGUUGCUGUUGUGAGUAGAUGUAGCAGUAGAUGCUGUCGUUUGGAUGGUUGUGCCGAUGAAAUCAUGCUCACCCUGUGCUGCCGGGUCAAAUGAGGGGACAUUUGACCUUGUUCUCUCGUGUACAGAACAAAUAGAUACACCUGCGUUGUUUUGUAAUACUUGUUCUUAAUGCAGAUUUUUGUCUAAGGGCUUUGUACAUCAAUCCAUCACUACACUUGGUGCGACAUUUUUCUUUAAUAAAAGAUAUAUAUUAAAAUAACAACACGUAUGUUUGAGUUCUUCAAUUCAUAACAUUCUUGAAAAUGGCCUUUCACUAUAUAUUUAGUUUUUCUUCAGUCAUCCUUGAAGCUUUUACCUACCGUUUCAUUCAAGAUGUUUUGAUGACUUUUUUUAUUAAGUGUUUUGACAUGUACGUCAUCCGCCAGUGAAGGAUUUCUGUUUCGUUCGCUUGCCCGCCAAUAACGGCAUACGUUCAGUUCCUUCGGCUUAUUCUCUAAUGGCGUCGCUGGAACCUGUCCCAGCGGGAUCAGAGGCAGGGGCCAUGUUGAACUGCCUGUCCCAGGGCACACUAUUAUAGAAUCAUCAAUUAACCUCAGUAUGUUUUCACUGAGGGAGGAAACUGGAGUGCACAGAGAAAACACACACAGUCAUGAGCUGAACAUGCCAAGGCCACACAGAAAGAGCCCACUCCACUUGCUAUUUCUACCAUUCCAUGAGUGAUUGAUAAGUAACUGCUGUGGUACAGACCGCAGAUGAUUUAUGAUAUCAGCGCUUGGAUAUUAUUUUGCAUGAAUAUUUCAGGAGGAAAAAUUAAAACUCCUAAUCUGCGUCCUUUGCGUGCUUUUGCUGUGCACCAUUCGCAUCUGUGUCUCAAGAGGAGCAGGAGUGAAGUUGUUCCGCUGCAGGCGUUUGAAAAGUGGAACAUUACAUGACUGACAGUGUGCUGUUAUAUUCCAAGCAGAGAGCGUAUCAGCCGGGACGCUCUCAUUUACUGUAAAUAGAGAUGAACACAACACUGGGUUCAGCUUGAAACAGUGUCAGUAGGGUGACCAAGCUUAAGACGCCUGAAAGAUUUGAGUUGUUUGUCUCUUACUGGUGUUUACUGUGGGCAUCUUGUUCAAUAUUAUUGAACUUGUCACAGAACCCUGAGAGCAGAAUUAUUGUCAACAGAAUAACCAACCAAUAACAAAGCUGUGAUGGCUCCACAGGGGUGUGCUUUUAUAAAAUCCACUGAGCGCACUGGGAGUAAAUUCAUUUCAAAUGAAUGUGACUGAGACGAGAGUGGCUUCUGCCCUUUCUGAAAUUGCAACGAGAGGACAAAAAUGUCAAAAAGAAAUCAGAAAGCAAUAUUUUUUUUCCCGGACUUUUCCCACCGUGAGUGAGUGGAGAGGACAUAAACAAGUCAGUCAUGUGAGGCGCGUGAUCAGAUAGCAGCCUGGGAGGUUUUGUCUGGAGGGAACCCGGUAAUGCGACUGUCACAGCAGUAAUGGCACCAUGAUACACAGACUUGUCCUCACACACUCACGCAUGCAGAAAAUCCCACUCAGGAUGAUGUGUGCGUACACGCUUGUAAUUCCUUGAAAGCUCCAGACGGCUGUGUACAUAUUCAUCACUUUGUCAUGAUGCUUCUCUUAAGCGUUUUCAAUUCCUCCACCAUACACCCACCUCAGACACCAUUAUUCCUCAUGAAACAAAGUCUUGUGCGGAUAUUAAACGUGGUUUGCUUUACAUCACCAUACCGUUUGCAUCUGAACUACACCUCGUCCAAACAUGAGUUAAGAUGCACCUGUGCUUUAUUUAUUGUUCACUCCUUCGCAUUCAUAUACUUAAUCCGCAACAUCAUUGCAGUACUUCCCAUAAUUUCUGUGUAAAUUAAGACACACUGUUCAAUGAGCCAUAGCUCCUCUGUCCUCCUCCCAUUGCUGGUUCAGAUGGUUUAGUGCUUCCCCUCAGCCACAGCUGUUAUUAUUACUCAGCUAUUAACCCUUUUGGCAAACACUAAUGCAGAAGUUUCCACCGGGCGCAUUCUAGAAGCAGCGUGCCGUGGCUGAGCGCUAAAUAUCUGCAGCACGAUUUUAGCUUUCAGUCCAAUUGUAUAGGUAGUAAGUCCAUAAAUUGAGCCAGAUUCCGGGUUUGACUACUCAUACUCACAGAAUGGCCACGGUACCAUGACACAGGCACCAGGAAAAUCAGAGAUGCGGGUCAGACUUUGCAUAUACUUUCACUGGUGUUAAAGACCAUGCUUUGGCACGCAGAGAGAGAGUGAGGUGCUUUAGCCACCAAACGCUAACACAAACACCUCUUAUCUUUAUCACGCUCCGCUCUUCCCUGCUCACUGGCACUCACCUCUCCGUCCCACACCCACGUGCUUUCAUUGUGAGCAGGUGAAUUCUCUGUUUGCUGGAGGUUUGCACUCUUUGAGUGCUUUUACACAAACACCUCUUAUCUUUAUCACGCUCCGCUCUUCCCUCCUCACUGGCACUCACCUCUCCGUCCCACGUGCUUUCAUU